AUGGUGGUUAACCGGAUCAACAAUGUCGUUUACAGGAUCCGAAAAACGCCUCACUCCAGAGAAAAGGUCGUGCACCUGGACCGUCUUGCUCCAUUCGAAGAACGAACUCGAACGGAAUCACCCGGACCUGGAACAUCCUCCCAGCCUUUAAUUAAUUGGGAGCAUAAGCUCCCCUUCGGAAUUUCACUUCGUAAGAAGAAGCCACUUUCUAUUAUCGUCGAAGGAAACAUCGGAUGCGGGAAGACAACCUUUACUAAGAGAUUUUUGUCGGACCACCGGGUUUGCACCCUGUUAGAACCCCUCGAUCAGUACCCUGAUGUUGCCGGAGUCAACUUACUACAAUUGAUGUAUGAAGACCCGGAUAGAUACUGCUACCAGUUCCAGCAUCACGUUCAACAGGUUAUGUACGAUAGGCAUCUUCUUUUAACCUCUCGGCCUGUCAAAAUUAUGGAGAGGUCGAUGUUUAGCGGUUAUUGUUUUAUCGAGACUCAUCACAGAGCCGCGAUUGUUAUUUUUCAUGGUCGAUAA